CGCAUGGAAUAGGCAUUUGGGGUUUCGCAUGUGAGUCCACGUAGUUACCGUAUGCACCCUUUCUUCUCGCUUCAGCUUCCGGAAUCCUAUUUGCCAACCGAUGUCAGCGUGUGUGUCACAUCCCAUGACACCCUCCCAUGCUUUCCCUUGCUUCAUUACUUGGCUGACAAGCAUAGACACCGCUCCCUUUGUCUCCUCUCAUAGAAGGACAACCCUUCUUGGCCAUGGAAGUGUAUGACGAUAGAGACGACGUGCAGGAGACUGCGCUUUCUCUUCGACUCAAUUAUGAUGGCGGAAGUAGUCAUCUCUCGACCGGCGAUCAUCCCCGGCCACAGGCUGCUACCCCUGUUGAGCCCUCUCUGACCCUUGUCCUCCCAAGCAUGGCCUGUUCGGUUAAGAGGGAGAACGAUGGCAGGAUCAGCGAUGAGGAGGAAGACGGUGCAGCUAGGAAGAAGCUCAGGCUCACCAAGGAGCAGUCUGCCCUUUUGGAAGACAAGUUCAAGGAGCAUGCUACUCUCAAUCCGAAGCAAAAACAAGCUUUGGCCAGGCAAUUGAACCUUCGUCCUCGGCAGGUCGAAGUAUGGUUCCAGAACAGGAGAGCCAGGACAAAGCUCAAGAAAACCGAAGUCGAGUGCGAGUUCCUGCGAAAGUGCUGCGAGACGCUGAGAGAAGAGAACAGGAGGCUGCUGCAGGAGAUACAGGAGCUCAAGUCGCUCGACCUUCAAGCGCCCCGAUACAUGCAUCCCCCCGGGGGCGCCGCCGCCGGUACCUUCCAGACGUGCCCAUCGUGCAAGAACAGAGACGAAGGCGGAUCUCCUGCGGUGGCCCCGAAGACUCGCUUCUUCAACCCCUUCGCCCACUCGGCAGCGUACUGAUCGGGAGGCAUAAUAGCCUUCUUCCUUUACUUAGGGUUCGGGCGAGAUGUAUGUCUGAUACUUGCCGUGAGUUCCGUCAUAUACAAUGUCUCAUAUUUCUCUUGGUUUGAUUCCAUAUCACCUAUGAAGAACACAAACACAAAUCAA